AUGGGAGCUGAAAACACGCUUUGGGCCAUACUGGCCAUACUCUCUCCUGUAGUUGCGGCCCCGAUGGCUGCGCAGGACGACGAUGGCGCAACGACGGCCGGCCCCCAACUGAAGAUCGCCUCCGGAACGGGCCGCGUAGCCUUGCUCUGGACGUCGAUAUCGCUCGCCGUCUUCACGUCGCUGGUCCAAGGCCUGAUCACGACCGUCAUCCAGAUCUCCGAGGACCAAGGGCUCUGGACAUUCCGGUUCCGGCUUGCGCGCUACGAACAUAUAUGGUGGACGGUCGUGUCGUCGGUGCUCAGCGUCUCGUUCGUGCUGAUCAUCCUCACGUUUCUGGCCGGCAACACGCAGGACUCGCUCGGGGUGCUCGCCCUGUCGACGGCCACGACCAUCGCCAUCGUGCGGUACGCCGUGCCCGCCUGGCGCAACCGGGCCUUUAUCGAGAACCGGUGGCGCGCGUGGACCGGCCCGAGCCGCACGUCCAUCAAAGCCAGCUCCCGCGCCCUCUGCGGCGAUGCGGCCCAAUGGAAGCGCCUAUCCCAGGCGCUCCCCGAACGUAAGAUCGUCUCGGCGCCGUCCGACGACUGGGGCUUGUCACUGUUCCCGCCGCCCGGCCUGUGGGAGGACCCCACCGCCCUCCUCGACAAGUUCGCCGACCAAGACGCGGCCAAGUACGCCGCGCCCGACGCGCACGCCCGCUGCGUCUACGACGACGGCACCACCACCGGCAACGUCUCGCUCCAAUGGGGCGAAGCGCAGGGCUUCCGGCGGCGCGUGUCGCGGGCCAUCCACGCCAUGCCGAAAGGGCUGCUCGCGUCGCGGCCGCUCACCGUCGACGAGUACAACGGCGAAGGGCUGACGCUCGCCCUCGGCAUCCUGGGCCGCAACAAGGGGCUGCGGCCGCACACGCUCGUCUUCGACGCCUCGGACGCGUGGAAGACACGCCGCGGCAUCGGUCGCACCCAGCCGCACACGCGCGUCCAGCACGCGCUCGAGAGCGGGUCGGCCUGGGCCCCGCGCCCGAGCAAGGUCAUGCGGAGCUACUACGCCCACGCCGUCGACGGCCAGUUCGGAACCCUCCCCGACGCCUUCCGCGACGCCGCCACCGAGCUGGCCCUCGUGCUGCUCGACGUCCCGCCGCGCCCGCUGCGCGUCUGGCUGGAGCGCGGGCUCGAGCAGCAGGACCUGGACGUGAACCUGUGCAUGUCGGGGCGCAGCAGCAGCAGCAGGGCGGCGGCGACCAACGAGCAGCUCAACCAACUGUACCGCGCCAGCUACGCCAGCAUGGUCGUGUCGCUGAACUACCUGUUGCUGCAACCCCCUGCGGCCACCACCGCCGACGCCGACGCCGACACCAAGCAGCAGAGCCCGCACCACCAGCACCAGCACCUCCUCCUACACCCCGUCCGCCCCGACCUGACGUGCUUCGCGCUGCUGCACCUGGCCGAGCAGAGCGUGCGCCUGGACGAGAAGGCCGGCGAGUGGGUGGCCGGGCCGGGCGCCCCCAUGCCUGCUUGGUGGGGCGACGCCUGGGUGCACGCCCGCCUGCGCCGCGAGCAGGCGUGCUUGAAGCCCGGCUGGAAGGACCCCGCCGCGUGGUUGUUGGGGUUGAAGAGUUUCCCGCCCGAGUUGGAUGCACUAGAGUGUCAGCCGGCGGCGUGGCCGAGGGUUGUGUAUGAGCCUGAGAGGGGGUUCAUAGAGUAA